AUGGACCCAGGAUUGAACUCUCUCCUACAAUGGAGUAUCGAAAACUCCGAUGCGGGUCGAAACCCAGAACAACCAGUACGGGAACCCAGAGGUCUGACAGCCGACGUACUCCGCUCGUUAAUGGGAGGUCCCAGCGACGCCGACUUGAUGCGAGAAGCCAUGGCUAUCAUCGAGUCCUCGGAUCCCGAGGUCACCCACGACGCCAAAAUGACCGCCUUUGACAACCUCGAACAACUGGUCGAAAACAUUGACAACGCCAACAACCUUGAACCGAUGGGGCUAUGGACGCCACUGCUGGCGCAACUUGAGAGCCACUCGGCUGACCUCAGGCGUAUGGCGGCCUGGUGCAUCGGCACGGCCGUCCAGAACAACGUCAAAGCCCAGGAGCGACUCUUGGCCCUCAACGGCAUCGAGCGGCUCGUCCAGGCCUCCCUCGAUGACGCCGACCGGAGUGUGCGAAGAAAAGCCGUGUACGCACUUAGCUCGGGCAUCAGAAACUACCAGCCAGCCAUGAACGAGGCGGUAAAGCGGUUGCCCAAGGAUAUUGUCGGGCCCGACCAGGUCUCUGCUGCGGAUAUGGACGUGAUUGAUGCCAUUAUGGGCAAGCUCAGAGACAGGGAGUGA